UGCACCGGCAAGGCAAUUCUUCUAUCUAACACCACCACGGGAAGGAAAAAUCGAUGCCAGUAAAACCCCGCUCUUUUCUUUUCAGAAAGAAAAGAGAGAAAGCAACCUUACCAUCUCAUUCUCAUGAUCUCUGGUUCUGGUGCAUGUUGGAUUUCUUCUUCAAACCAAAAGUUUGCUUUUAAUUUUCUUUCUACUGAAAAGGGCAGCCAGUCUCUGGUUUUUUGCCGUAAGAAGUUGGACGGUACAUGAAAGUGACAUUCAGCCUGUAACUAUAUGGACAAGGAGGAAGAGAGUUACUCGGGAUCCUUCCCGGCGGCUCUCUCCGGCGGCCUUGAUUAUCAGUUCGAUCAUCACCAGUUUCUGAGAACGCGAGAGAGCUCGGAAGGAGGUGCAAUGGUGGAUUAUAUGCUCGCCAAUCCUCAGUUGACAUCUUCCUCAACUGGACUUGGCACGGCGAAUUCGCCGGACAGAUUGAGCUUCGCCGACGUGAUGCAGUUUGCCGAGUAUGGGACGAAGAACGUGACGAUCCAGAACGGUGAGAAUGAGGGCAGGUGCCCGGAAAAUGGACUGGACCCAGUCUACUUCCUCAAAUUCCCAGUUCUAAAUGAGAAGAUUCAAGACCCGCAGAUGGUCUCUCCAUCUGCGACUGAAGCAAUCGCAAGCUGCGACCGGAUACCGGCCGCGACCGAGGAUGAAACCGAGGGUGGUUGCUCGGAAAAUGCAUCGGUGCAGUUCAGCCAUCGUUUUGAUGGCAGCAGUGAUGCACAGAAGCUUACCGGCGGCACUGGGGACAUGAAGAACAACCGCCGGAAGAGGCCGAGGUCCUUGAAAACUACUGAAGAAGUGGAGAGCCAAAGAAUGACACAUAUUGCAGUUGAAAGAAACAGAAGAAGACAGAUGAAUGAGCACCUCAGAGUGUUGCGAUCGUUAAUGCCAGGAUCCUACGUCCAAAGGGGUGAUCAAGCUUCAAUCAUCGGUGGUGCUAUUGAGUUCGUUCGAGAACUAGAGCAGCUGCUCCAGUGUCUGGAGUCCCAGAAGCGGCGCCGAAUGUUGGGUGGUGAGAUUUUGACAAGGCCUCCACUGGAGUCCUCCCCACCAAUAGGAAUGCCACUGCCACCGCCGCUGCCACCACCACCGCCACCACCACUACCACCACCCUUUUAUCCAGGAUUGCCGCUACCUGGGGACCAACUGAAGAUGGCAGAUUAUGAGACAGGGCUCAGGGAGGAGAUGGCUGAGAACAAGUCAUGCUUGGCCGACAUCGAGGUGAAACUCCUGGGAUUCGACGCCAUGAUCAAGAUCUUGUCGAGGAGGAGGCCUGGCCAGCUGCUGAAAACCAUAGCUGCACUGGAAGACCUGCAGCUCAAUAUUCUUCAUACCAACAUCACCACAAUUGAGCAGACGGUUCUCUACUCUUUUAAUGUCAAGAUUGUUGGGGAGUCAAGGCUUACAGCAGAAGAUAUAGCCAAUUCGGUGCAGCAGAUUUUCAGCUUCAUUCAUGCCAGUGCCACCAUGUGAAUGCAGCCCCAAGAAGCUCGGAUCAUUCUAGAAAACAAAUAAUAAAGUGGAAGUAAAAAGGCCACAAGUUAAAAUUACUAAAAACCUGUAGUAAAUUUAUGGUUUCUAUAUUUGCAUGUCUUUUUACAUCAUCUCUGUAAUGCUUUGAGCUUAUGUAAGCAGUGCCAUUGUGUUGAUUGUGA